CUUUGCCGACCGCAACCGACUACACCAUAUUAUACGACAGCAGUGGGCUCACGCCAAUAAUAACGCAAUCGUCGUGGAUUUUUUUUCGGUUUGAAAACCAUUUUUUUAUUUUCAAGUCGUUUUCCUCUGGAAUAUUCAUAAACCUUCCGUAUUUUCCUGACCAGCCUCUCCACUCCACAACACACACACACGCACACAUACACACCUACUGGAAUCGGAAUCCACGCGUUCAGGACAUUGUCCUGCAGCUGUGGCUGUUGCAGUGGUCUACAUUAGUGGAAACUACAAACAAAAGCAAUCAACAUCGUUAUUUCAUUAACGCGAUAUAAUACUAUUUUCCUUCUCCACUGCUAUUAUAUUCCAUCAACAUGUGUUCUGAAAAUAUGUUAAACACGGCACAUGACCGUGGCAUGGUUUCGCGGGUCUAAUGUUAACUGCACUUGAGGUUUACGAUUGGAGCACGUGGACAAAUUCUCGAGUCUCGUGCGUUGAACAGAAGAAAAUGUAAUGGGCAGCGGUCACGAUGACGGAGCUGGAAAGGUGUGGUUGGCGCAGGUCAUCUGCCGACUGGUGUACUCCGUGUACCAAGACAACGGCAACUAUUACAACAACGGUUCGGCGACGACCGCGGCCAGCACCGCCGCCGCUGCAGCCGCGGCCGCCACCGCCACCACCGCGGCCACCGCCGCCGCCGUAGCGGUGGCCGGCACCGAGAUGGUGAUGACCGCGACGACAAACGGGAACAAGUUGUUGGUGACCGAGGCCCGGGUCGACAGGCUGGACUGUGGGGGCACGUGGACGCUGGACUGUCGGCGGGCGGCGGGAGCGCUAGCCUGUACCGACGCGCUGUCCGGGGCCACCGACGCCGACGUCAGGCUGUACCUGCCCGCCAGACUGUCGGCCCACUUCGACGGACAGCCGGCCGUGUCCGUCGGCCUGCCCGAAACGGCCCGCGGCAACGCCGUCACCGUUGUCCGUUGUGAUGGUGACGGUGGCGGCGGCGGCGGCGGCGGCGGCGGCGGCGGUGGUGGCCACGACCAUCGCGACGACGUCAACCAGGUGACAUGUUCGAUAAGCGGCGAACAGUGGCCGCGCGCCACCGUCGCCGCCGCUGCCGACAAUGAUAGGGACGACCACCAACGUUGGUACAACUGGAAGUAUCUAUUCGUUGUCGUGUUCAUCGCUUCCGGCGGCGUGGGCAACAUACUCGUCUGUCUGGCCAUAUGCUUGGACAGGCAGCUACAGAACGUCACCAACUACUUUCUCCUGUCCCUGGCCAUCGCCGACCUGCUGGUGUGCCUGUUCGUCAUGCCGCUCGGCGCCAUACCAGGAUUCUACGGUGAAUGGCCUCUGGGCGUAGCUUGGUGCAACGUGUAUGUCACGUGCGACGUGCUGGCGUGCAGUUCUAGCAUUAUGCACAUGUGUUGCAUAUCGCUGGGAAGAUACCUGGGCAUAAGACAUCCACUCAGGACCAGGCAUCACUAUUCCACCAUGAAAUUAGUGUGUUUCAAAAUUGCGAUCGUCUGGUUUUUAUCAUUUUUGGUGUCGUUUUCCGUUACGCUUCUCGGUCUAUACAAUCCUAAGAACAUUAUGCCGGAUCCAGGGGUUUGUGUAAUCAACAAUCGAGCUUUUUUCGUUUUUGGUUCACUAGUCGCAUUUUACAUACCGAUGAUCAUUAUGGUAGUCACGUAUGCCCUUACUGUUCAGUUGUUGCGGAAAAAAGCCAGAUUUCUAUUGGACGACAGUUUCGUGGACGGCCGGAGGAACGGAUCGUCGGCGGAACCGCAUCUGUUCAGACGUUUGGGCGGCCGGUUUUCGGCAAACAAAAACCAGAACAAUGUGACCGGGCGGUUACAGCCGGGAAAAAACAUCAACAAACAGUGCGAUCAACAGUCACAGUUACCCGCCGACGCGGUUUCCGCUGGCGCCAGCGACUCCAGGAAUUUCCGGUUGAAGACGCUCAGACUUCAGCUGAACAUGAACCCGUCGACACUGAAUUUGAGAUUUCUCGCCAACAGACAGAAGCGACAAAGUCUAGCUGCCGCCAACGCCGUAAGAACCGAACAAAAGGCCAGCAAAGUAUUGGGAGUCGUGUUCUUCACGUUUGUGUUAUGCUGGUCGCCAUUCUUCUUGUUGAACAUAGUGUUUGCCGUCUGCCCGAAGGAAGACUGUCCGGUGCCCGACCACGUGACCGAAGUGUGUCUGUGGUUGGGAUACGUGUCUUCCACGAUAAACCCGAUCAUCUAUACGAUAUUUAACAAAACGUUUAGAGCCGCAUUUAUCAGGUUGCUCAAGUGCCGAUGUCACAAGACCAGACCCCACCGAUACAGAUCGGUGACGGACAACCGACACUCUGCUCUGAUAAGCACUCCGUCCGGGGCGGCCGCCGGAGCCGCCUCUGUGCCGUUGUCUCUGUCGCUCCAGACCACGCCACUGACCACGUCGCCGCCCGUGAACGACGCCACCACUACUACUUUCGCCGACACAGCCAUCGCCGCCAUCGCUGCGUCCAAGAGAACACCAUCCGCGCCCAAGUAUCCAGACUCGUUUCGCGUCCAAGAAUGCCCGGAAGACACGGCCAAGUAUUGAACCCGAGCGGUGGUAGUUUCCGCUCAGACGAUGUUGUCUAGAAUCCCAAACAUAUACGAGUACCUAUAUAUUAUUAUUGUGUUAUCACAAUAUUAUAACGAUAAUAUAUAAUAUUAGAUCUCAUAAUGAUAUAUGUGAUUUUAAGUCCGAUCGGACCGAGUUGUUCGAGUAUACGACGCAUAUAUACCUUCAUAUUAUAAAGGACGUGUAAUAGAAGGGAUUUACUGAUGUAAUAUUGACUUGCUAUAAUAAUAUUAUUUAAGAAUUUUUCUCGUAAUCAAUUUUUCAAUUUUUUUUUUUUAAUAUAUUAUAAUAAAAAAAUCGUAUUGUUGAUUAGAACAAAAGUCAUCGCAUAUAGUUGGUUAAUAUUACAUUUCUCAGUUAAUUACUAAAGUUGUAUACGGCAGCUGUAAAUGAAUACACGGAUUGUCAAUUCUGGAUUCACUUCCGCCGACGACCCGUGUUUAAACCGUGGUAAUACAUAAAACCGGAGUUAUUAUAAAUAAUUAUUAUUAUUAUUAUUAUCAUCGUAUUAAUAAUAGACAUAUCACAGUAUGCGUCCACUCUUCUUUCUUUCUUUCUUUCUUUCCUCCUCCCAUCCUCACACGCUCCUUGCCUGUGCUCUCACUCUCCCGGAGACGUCUACACACUCGUAUCUAUGUUUUUUCGUACGGUGUAAAUCGGGGGUUUAUUCGCGCGCGGGAAAUAUAAACGACCGCCGACGAUGGAAAAGGUCAAUCAAUCUUUAUGAAUACCCUAACCGUAAGAAAAACGCACACGCACCGGAGACCGAGAAGUAAUAUUAUAUGAAAUAUCGCACCUCUCGGGCGGAUGAAAAAAAUGAAAUAAAAUAAUAAUAACGCACUGCGGUUUUCGGUCGUUAAAUUGAUGAGCACUGGGCCUAAAAAUCCGAGUAUAGGAUAUCGGUUUAACGAGUUUCGUCAGACGGGCGGGAGAAACAAGAGCUCGACGAAUUCUUCGCAUAAAUAACUAUUAUAUUACUAUUAUUAUUAUUAUUAUUAUUACAUAUUUGUGAAAAAAUAUUUUAUAAGUGUGUUUUUCAUUUUCAUUUUCGUUAUU